AUGCCAUCUCUUGCUUUUCUUCAGCUUCCUCAUCAUCACCUUCUCUUUUCUGACCACUUAACCAGAACCCAUCUGCAGAAAACUGCAAUUUAUACACAAAAUCGGGGUGACAUGGCGACUGUCUCCAUUCCUCGAAUGUCCAAUUCAUCAAGUCCUUACCCAACAGAAAGGGAUAGCAGCAAAUACUUUCUCGCUUGUCUCAAUCCUCUUCAAGCAAUUCUGUUUGAUAUUGAUGGAACACUCUGUGAUUCAGACCCUCUACAUUACUAUGUCUUCCGUGAAAUGCUUCAAGAGGUAGGUUUCAACGGUGGAGUCCCCAUUACUGAGGAAUUCUUUAGUAAUAAUAUCAGUGGCAUGCACAAUGAAAAUCUAUGUCAUGCCCUCUUUCCUAAUUGGGAUCUCCAAAGAGCACGGAAAUUUAUGGAUGAUAAGGAAGACAUGUUUCGGAGGUUGGCGUCUGAACAGCUAAAACCAGUUAAGGGUUUGCAAAAGUUGUGCAAAUGGAUUGAUGAACACGGGUUGAAACGAGCUGCAGUGACAAAUGCGUCAAGACCAAAUGCAGAGCUCUUAAUCUCAAUUUUAGGGCUGUCAGAUUUCUUUGAAGUUCUUGUGAUUGGAGACGAAUGUGAACGGCAGAAACCAUUCCCUGACCCCUACUUGAAGGCUCUCCAAGUACUUGAAGUGUCAAAUAAGCACGCUUUUGUGUUCGAGGACUCUAUUUCUGGUGUGAAAGCCGGGGUGGCAGCUGGAAUGCCGGUAGUGGGCAUGGGUUUAAGGAACCCUGAGAAUUUAUUGACGGAAGCGGGAACCUCUUUCGUUAUCAAAGAUUUUGAUGAGCAGAAGUUGUGGACAGCAUUAGAAGAGUUGGAGAAUAAAGAAGUAGUGACAACAGUAACAACUUGAAAUCGCAUGGCCGUCUUAAAUUAAUAGUCCAGAGGGAAAAGCUUGUCCAUUGUGAAAUAAGUGGCAUUUUACAGCAGAUUUGUAUUUAUUCAAUGAUUCAAUUCACUCAUUGAGGCACUUAGACAUCAUAGCGAGACUAAUGGAUGGCAGGUCGUAUUUUCUUGGAA